AUGAAUGGUAUUUGCUGGGCAUAUUCGCGAAUUCCCUUCAUCGGAGCGCGAAAAAACCAGCUGCCGAAGCAUCUCGGUCUAAUUUCAUACGAGCGAAAGACGCCUCUCGUCGGCCAAAGCUUUCUGCUGAUCAUUGCGACUAUCAUGGUGAUUCCUGAGUCGACGAAUAUUGCCUCGCUUAUUGAUUAUGUCUCGCCCUUGACUUGGAUUCUAGCGAGCGGAGUGUUUGCUAGUAUUUUUGUAUUCCGAUACGGGGUUGAUUUGAAACCGGUAUUUUUGGAAGAAAUCAAGGUUAACCCUCAAAAGCGCUAA